CAAUCAAUUUAUGUAUUAUAUGUAAUACCUUUGGAACGGCCUUACUCUGAGGAAGUUUAGAACAAGAAAAUUACUUCGAAUUGUGGAUUUAAAUAGCAGGCAGAGGAAGAACUUCAUGACUAGUGUGAUUUUCCCCAAGAUAAAAAGCAUAACCUUUCCUUUUUGGCAUGGGACAAUAUUUGCUAGCCUAAGGCUUUGGGAGGACUUGGUUUUCGCACUGUGGAGCUUCUAAACAAUUCUUUAUUGGCAAGGGUGGGUUGGAAGAUGGUCUCUAAUCCACCUCUUCUUUGGGUGGAUGCUCUUAGGGCUAAGUAUCUCAAAAAUGAUUCUAUAGGAAAGAUUCUGUGGUAUUGCUAGGAUGGCUGUCAGCUUCAGAUAUUGGGAUGAUUGCAUUGACCCCUCUGACAUGGAAGCAAUGUGGAGAAUUCCUGAAGUGAGCACUGAAUGGUUAGAUGCUGGGGAGUCUAGAGAACAGAGAGUUCACCUAUCACGAGAUCCAGAUGGACAGCCUUAUUUGACACAGACCGAGAUGAAGGCUGUGGCUGAGAUUGUUGUCAGCAGGCAUUUUGAUUCACGGAUAGAUCUUGACAUGAUUUGUGCUAUUGCUGAACUGGAAAGUGACAGACAGCCCCUUGCUACGUGGUAUAACCGAAAAACUAAGGAGACUACUGUAGGGAUCAUGCAACUUUCACAAAAAACGGCUGAGUGGCUGGUCAGUGACUUGGGUUACAGGUCAUAUGAAGUGGAAGGGAAUCCAGAUCUUCUGUGCAGGCCUUUUGUGAGCAUAUAUCUUGCUGCUGCUUACAUUAAAUGGUUAUCAAAUUUUGACCAAAAAGAAAGAAAUGAGGAGUUCGUAGUUAGAGCAUAUAAAGGUGGUCCAAAAAAGGCAACUCAUAAAUCAACUUUGCCAUUUUGGCAACGUUAUCUUUCAGUCAAAGAAAGUCUUCCAUCCAGAAAAUUAUUUGAUAAUGGUCCUUCAUCGAAUGAUGCUUUGGCUUCUGCUACAUCUCCUCCACCUGCUAUGCAAACCCCAGGUGGUGUUUACACAUAUUGGGACUCCAGAGCUUCUCCAGAAGACAUGGAAGAAUUGUGGAAGCAUCCUGAGGUCCUUAAAGAGUGGACUAGAUCUGGAGAGAGACGGGGAGAAGUGCGCUUUUCCCAUGAUGACAAGAAGAGACCCUAUCUUUCCCGGGUGGAAAUGAAGGCAGUUGCAGAAAUCAUUUCGUCAAAACACUUCAGCACAAAAGCAAUUAAACCUAUAGUUCUUUGUGCCCUUGCAGAGGUUGUUAGCCUGCGUUUCAUCAAUGGAGUUGGACCACGACCUGGAAUAAUGGGAAUUGACUAUUCAACAGCUUUCUGGCUUUACACGGAGUUAGGCUACAGGGCUUAUAGAGUUGACUCCGUUGAUGAUCUAACCAAGCCAUUUGUGUCCAUGUACUUUGGCGCGGCCUAUUUGGUAUGGUUGUCAGAAUAUGAAGGGAGGGAAAGAACUCCACAGUUUGUUGUUCAGGCUUAUAUUGCAGGGCCAAAGAAUGUGAAUCUUCAGGAAACAGGUCCACUUUGGCUUAAAUUUGAGCAAACAUUGAGCAAUUAUGAAGAAGACACAAAGAGGGGGGAUGAAGGGAACUGCUGCAUCUUGUAAACUGACAAAUAUUGCCUUACAUAUUUCACACGAUCGACUAAAAUCAUUGUACAAAAGCCAAAUAAGAUGGAUAGUCAAUAUCUCUGGCAACUUUUUUCUGGGAGAGUAGUUACAGGGAGAAAGAAAAACAAACAAACCUCUUUUGAUUGGAUGCUUUUUAAUUUUUGACCAUUUUACUUGAUAGUGAUGUUCUUGUUUGAUUUGCCA